AUGUCCGGGACUACACCUACUGCGAGUUACGUUUGCCAUCAUAAUAAGCUCACCAAAUGUUUUGACGAUAUCAUGAAAACAGCGGCAGAGAUGCUGGUACAGCAGCAAAUUAAGAGCAUCCAGCUGAGCUCAGACAUAGCGGCCGGUUUCACUCAGUCGCAGCACAAGCUGCUGGGGGAAAAAGUACAUACAUUCCAUUCAGUACUGGAUGACUUGGAUCUGACUCUCACAACUGCUAAAAACUGCGUCGACAAAUUCGCAGCAGAAGCCGUAGAACGCAGAGAGAAACUACUGGAGCAACAAAGGAUGCAACAGAUGAAGGAGGAGAAGCUGAAACAAGAGCAAGAAGAUCGCAAAAGACUGGCAGAUGCUCGCAAAGUCAACGAGUCGGCGGCUUUAGACAGCACAGACUACUCAGAAUCUACGCCAAGCACAUUUCUCAACGAGCUAUCCAAAUCUAGUCUUGCCGGUCCCAAUCUCAACCUAAAAGCGACUGCCGCAGGCACUACCGGCAACAAAAACGAUGGAAACGACGGCAGUAAUAAUAACAGUCAUAAUGCCAGUGGUGCUAACAAUGGCUACUCCGCAGGACUUAAUGACCUCAAUGAUCUUGAUCUUUCCAUGUUCGGCGGCAUUGAGCAAAACGAUUUGGGCCUCACAGGAUUUGACGAGGCCCCAGUUGCUUCAAACAACGAUAAGAACCCUGUAGGCGAAAACGGUUUCAACGCCUCUGUGCAACCCAAUAAUGACGAGGGCAAUGGCCAAGCGCUUAAUAACGAUCCCACCGCCAACAACACCGAUAGUUAUCUGACUUUAAAUGAUUUUAAUGACCUGGGGCUGGACUGGAAUACAUCAGAAGGUCAGAAUGCGCUAGAUAUGAGCGAAUUCGACAUUUAG